AUGAAUGAUAAAGUAUGUGACAUACUUAGCGAAGUUGAUAAUCUUUUUGUCAAGGGAACUGUCAAUGUGGUCAAAUUUAAUAAAAACAGUUCAUUGCUAUAUAACUGCCCUUAUGAUAAAAAAAGAAAAGAAUUUAAAUGCACAAAUAAUAAUGAAAGAAUUAACGCUUUGGGAUCAUAUCUAUAUAACAAACUUCUUAAAUUUAGUAAAGAUUUUGAAGGAGGAGGAAAUGAUAAUAACCGGCACAUCGAGCUUUUUAUUAUAUGGCUAGGCGAUAAAUUAUUUAAGAUAGAAAGUGAUUAUAAAGAAACUAUGGAAGAAUCUUAUAAAAAGCAUUUAGAGAACCAUAUGGGGAAUUUUAAUUAUUGGAGAGUUAUAUAUAGUAAAAGUAUUUAUAAGGAUGCUAGUAUUAGGAAAAUGAAUCAAUUUUAUACCUUACUUAACAAUAUAUGUAAACUGAUUACUGAAUACAAAAAAAAUCCCCAAAAGCCUGAUAGAAAUCGUCUUAGAAAUCAUUUCACCCAAUGUCUUAACUACUAUAGAAGCAUUCAUGUGUCUAUUAACGAAUGUAAACCAUAUAUACAUUUAUUGGAUAGCUUAAAAAUGAUGUAUGAAAUUUUUAGAUUGCAACAAAUUGUUAAUAAUAAUAGCAUUCCGACUAAAGAAAAAGAAUUAUUAAUUAAACGUGUUGAAUCUCUUACAACGUUUAAAAAUGAAAAUAAAUAUUUAUUACCUCUUUCUGCGAAACUUAGUUUUGGUGAUAAAGAAUGUAUAGAAGCGAGAUCAAAGGAUGAACAAAUUGGAAAAAGCAUUGCAACAAAAAAUUUACAUAGUAAACCAAAAGGUGCUGGGUUACCUAAAAAAACAGAUACAGGAGCUCAAAGAAAACCACCAACACAACCAGUAUCGCAACCACAAUCAACAUCGCCAACAACACCGAAACCACGACCACAACCACGACCACAACCACAACCACAACCACGACCACAACCACGACCACAACCACAACCACAGCCAGCAGCACCACCAGAACCGCCAACGCAACCACCACACCAAAAACCACAAUCAUCACCAACAACGUCAACACUAACGCCACCAGGACCACCAGCAACACCGCUAUCAGGAUCACCACAACCAUCAAAAUCAGACCCACAAUCACCAUCAUCACUAUCCCCACCACAACCAAUCCAACCACCUGCAAAACAUCAAGUAUCACAACAACAAGCGCCAGAAUCACAAACACUGCUACAAAAGCAAACACAACCAGUAGCACCAGUACAAUCAGCAGGUCCACAACAAUCAGGCCCAUCACUACAGUCAACAGACCCACCACCAGCAACACCGCCAUCAGGAUCACCAUCACAAAACGCCUCUGAAUUAAAAAGUCCCCAAACAGGAGAUUCAAAUAAUUCAAAGGAACCAAAGGAUUCAGGUAAUGGUAAAGGAAGUACAGGGGGUACCAAAGAUAAUAAAGGAGACCCAAAUGAUAGAAGCAAAGAUCCUGCUGAUGGAUCAAGUGAUCCCGCAUCAAAUACAUCAGGAGGAUAUUUUAAUUUGGGACCAUCAAUUUUUAAAUUUCUAUUAAAUGGAACUGAAAAUUUGAAAAAAACUUCCGAAUUUAUUAAAGAAAAUCAGCAAAAGGUUAAAGAAGUUACGGAGAAAAUCAGUAAUGUAUAUAAUGACGCUAAGGAUAAUUUAAAAAAUGUUUACGAUAAAUCUAAUAAUUAUUUAAAUAAUUUUAUUAAUGAUAUAAUUGACCAAUUAAAUCAAACCGAUCCUUCUUCUAAACAAAAUGGUAACAAUUCUGGAACAGGUAAUCCACCGGGUGGAGGAAAUUUACCUAUUCAUAUACCACCACCUCAACCACCAAGUACAACAGAUCCAACAAAUCCACCACCACUUCCACCAUUAAAUCCGCCAUCAACUCUACCAAAAGAUCCACUACCAACUACACCAACUGAUCCAUCAAAAGGUCCAUCAUCAAAUUCACUGCCAACACCACUAUCAAAUCCAACGCCAAAUACAUCCCCAGAUCCACCAAAAGGUUCAUCACAACAAAAACAAUCACCUUCCCAAUCCCAACCUAUCACACUGCAAAAUCUACAAUCCAGUCCAUCUAAUCAAAAAAUAUUUGUUCAAUUGGGAAAAUCACUAAGCUCUGAUCCCAAUUUGAAAACAAAAUGGAAUCUUCCAACUACAUGGAAUGGAUCAGUGGAUUGUAAAUAUGAAAUAAAAUUUAUGAAUACCACAUUAGUGUGUUGCACAUAUGAACAAUGUAGUUUAACUGGAAUUUCAGUUACAUUUGUUUUAAUACCCAUUAUUUUAUUAAUUGCAUAUAAGUAUUUAUCAUUUGGAUCAUCAAAAAAAUCAGAAAAAAAAAACAUGAAGAGAGUUAUAAAUUUUCAUGAUGGAAAGAGCAAGACAAAAAUAAUUAUAAGUUCAAAUGAUAGGAGGAAACACCUAAAACCGGUUAUAAAUUCAGUUGGCAGAAAAAAAUAUCCAUUAUUAAAUAUAUACAAACUUAUGCAGGCCGAUCCUAUACCAUUUAUUAAUUUAUUUUUUUUGUUAAUUUUUUUUGUCUAUAAAAGAAAAGAAAAUUUUUUGGAAUUAUAA